UUUGAGGUGUUCUUUCUUCUAGAUCUUCUGAACGUUCUUUAUCCAAGAGUUUUUGAUAUCAAAGGGACAGUUGCUACGUGCUGAUAGUAAAAAAUGGUUCUAUUUAAAAUAGCAGUUCCUGGAAAAUCCUGCAUUAUCUGGGAAAGCUACUUGUGAUCUAAACUUAUCUUCUGUCCUAGGCAGAAGGGGCAAAAAAUAACUAUGUUAUUAUUUUUGUCUUUUUCCUAAAAUACAUGUUAUGCAGGGAUGUGGUAUAUAGAAUCUAUUACAGAUAGCCAAGACUGUGUGUUGUAUCACAUGACAAAAUUUAUAGCUGGGAGUUGGUGUUCUCUCUGGGCAGUCUUAGUUGGUCUCUCUUGGGCUUAGGUUUUUAUCAGGGUAGUGGUAGUUAGAAAAAAAAAUCUGCGUUGGAAUGUCUUUUGUGUGAAUGUUGUCUCUUUGUGGCUCUUCCUGUGAGGGUCUGUCUCUGGUGUUUCAUGUCAGAGGUGUCUAUGUGUUUCUUUAGACAACUCUUGUCUGUUUCUCAUCAGCAGAAUUUCCAAAACUGUUCUAGCCUGAAAUUAACUUUAUACUGACUUUUUUAAAAUAUUGACUUCUGUGGACAUUUAAAGUAGCUCCCUAAGGAUCUGCUUUUUCAUAGUGGUCACUACAGACUAUCAAGUUUGCAUAACAAACUAUGCUAGUUCCACUUUCAUCCCAGAAUGUAUACUGAAUGCAAAAUACAGAAUUGUAAACAGUUGCUACAUUCAAAUGAGCCAUACUUGUUGUAAUACUGAAAAGUUAAAUAACAAAUCCCGUUAGGAAAGGUAGGAUUGCUGUAGGGUGAACAAAGCUCACAGUACUUGCAACAGGGGGAAGACCACAUGCAGUUGUGAAUCUUAAAUCUACCGGAAAGGAAGGCAGCUACUGGAACGGUGUAUGGGUGCUUGGUUCUCUCCCAGUCUCUCCAGUCUGAGUGGAUCUAAAAGCUUCCAAGCCACAAGUAAGAAAAUGCACACCAAGAGGCAAAAUACCUUAAUUAUGGUCAAAAAUUACUGUUAAGCAUGGUUUUAUCUCUGUUCCACAAUGUUUCCUCUUGCUAGGGAGAACAUAUUGGUGUGUUGUUUUUUUCUUUUCACAGAAUUAUGAGAAUCAGUUGGCAGUGAAUAGCUUCUGUGGUGACUCAACCUGUUCUCCUGUUAAGGGGAGUAUGAUUAAGCCCAAAGGAUGGGUGUUGCAAAUGGACUAUAAAAAGUUCUGACUGUGGCAGAGACUCUACUUUUGCAUUGACACCUUCAAUGUGAAUCUCCAGGCUUUUCUGUAGGUAGAUGGGGGGAAGGUGGUGUGUAGGUAUACACCUCCUUAAAUUUCAUCAGUACUGCUCAUCUAUAAUCAUAUUUUAAAGUUUUACUUGAGAGGUAUGUUUAUGAGGAGGAUUCUCAACACCUUCUAUUCCCCUGAACUAGAUCAAGAAAAUGAGAGACCAGCAUGUUCCAGCCUUUAGUCAGUUGAAACUAUGGCUUGUUUUUUCUUCAAGGAAAAGCUUAAGUUUUCUUUCUAGCAUCCCAGACUCCCAGAAGAUGACAUGGGCAGUUGCAGACUGUUGCCAAAACAUGUUAUCCAAGUGUAAUGACUAGGAUUCCUGUGUUUACCAAGGUAUUCACCUUAAUGAACAAGAGAGACGCGUGAGACCAGAUGAUUUAGAACUGUAGUGUUCACUUCAAGAUGUCCCAGAAGGAAAAUACUCAUCUGCAAGUCUCAUCUUUCAAAACUGUCUGCAUUCUUUCAAUCAAAGAAAAACAUUUUUUGAGAAAGAUGACUUGUGAAAUCUGUGAACAAAGCUGAAUGAAAGACAACAUGCCUUACAAUGGACACUUGUCUUGAAGGGGUGAUGCUGUGCUCUUAAACUAAAACACAGGCACUGUAAAAACACUGAUCCUGAGCAAGAAUAAGGAUUAUAGAAACUGUAUCAGAAUGUUUGUUAGUCCCAGAAGAGUCAGAAAAUGCCAUUUUUUGCAGAUAUUUGCUACUUGCUUCAUACUGUGUCUCAUGAUUUUUUGGGGACCAUUUGAUAAUCACAUUGUGAGCCAUAUGAAGUCCUAUUCAUACAGAUACCUCAUAAAUAGCUACCAUUUUGUGAAUGACAGCCUGUCUAUCAACAGGGAUAACUUGGACAGAGUAUCAAGCUACCAGUACUUGAUCAACCACAGAGAGAAAUGUCAGCAGCAGGAUGUCCUUCUCCUGUUGUUUGUGAAGACUUCUCCUGAAAACCGUCAUCGGAGGGAUGCAAUUAGACAAACUUGGGGUAAUGAGAAGUACGUUCGUUCUCAACUUAAUGCCAACAUUAAAACUCUCUUUGCUUUAGGACGACCAACAGAUCAUCUGCAGCAAACACAGCUGCAAAGAGAACUUCAGGUGGAAGACCAGAAACACAGUGAUUUGAUUCAGCAAGACUUCUUGGAUACUUUUCACAAUCUUACUCUUAAAUUGCUUUUGCAGUUUAGCUGGGUCAAUGCCUACUGUCCUCAUGCCAGGUUCAUUAUGUCUGCAGAUGAUGACAUAUUUAUCCAUAUGCCAAAUCUUGUUGCUUAUCUGCAAAGUCUAGCACAAAUGGGCAUUCAAGAUCUCUGGAUUGGUCGUGUCCAUCGUGGAUCCCCUCCCAUAAGAGACAAGAGUAGCAAAUACUAUGUUCCAUAUGAAAUGUACCAGUGGCCCUCUUACCCUGACUACACAGCAGGAGCUGCAUAUGUAAUAUCAAAUGAUGUAGCAGCUAAAGUAUAUGAGGCUUCAUUGACUCUCAAUACAAGUCUUUAUAUAGAUGAUGUUUUCAUGGGUCUCUGUGCCAAUAAAAUGGGAAUUGUACCACAAUAUCAUGUAUUCUUUUCUGGGGAAGGAAAGGCUCCGUAUCAUCCAUGCAUUUAUAACAAAAUGAUGACAUCUCAUGGACACGUAGAUGAUCUUCACCAGCUCUGGAAGCAGGCUACAGAUCCCAAAGUUAAAAAGCUUUCUUCAGGGAUUUGGGGUAGAAUAUACUGCAGACUAGUCAAUAUUGUGCUUCUCUGUAAACUAUAUUAUGAGGACACAUAUCCUUGUUCAGCUGCAUUUUCUUAAUACUUGAAUAUCUGUGUUGAAGAUCCACUGAGCCAAAACAGAGCAACACCUUUUUAGCUGUUUAUUCAAAAUAUAUGUAAACAUGGAAAGAGGUAAAACUUAAAUGUGAAUAGUUGGGUGGGAGGGGGGUUGGGUCAUGGGAAAAUGGUCCCAAAUUCUGUUCAUAAACUUAUUGGAAUAGCUCUCCUAUUGUACUGCAACUUUACAUUGUAGCCUGGUUUUUUUACACUCUUCAAGGGAUACAAGUCUGGAUUAAACAAACUAUAGUGGACUUCGACUUCUAGACUUUGAAAUGCUUGGUGAAAAUGUCUGUUAUUUUGAACCUGUCAGUAAGUUUUAAGUUUGUUU